AUGGAAUCGAGAAAUUAAAUAAAUCCUGGCGAAAAUCACGUAUCUAAGUAUGUAGCUUCAGUUAAUGGACCUAUAAUCUUUACGGCUCCUCAUUCAGGAAAAUUGAAGAGAGGAGGUGCUGAGUAUGAUGAAAAGAGAAGAGUUCAUUAAAGAGAAAAAUAUACUAGCGCCUUAGCAUUGAAAUUCGCAAUAGAAGUUGGCAAUUAAUCUAAAGAUGCAAAAACAGGGAGAAGCCCAGGACCAUUGGGCUCUUUCUGUUUCUGGAGUAAAGAUCACAAAUUAAACGAAGUUGAUCUCGAUCCAAAUUAUCUAUAUUCUGGUAAUAUAAUGGAAUCACCAUUCCAUCAGUACUUGCAUCUUGCACAAGACCUUCAAUAGGGAGUGCCUUUAUUUCACAUUGAUAUUCAUGGCAAAUUAGAUAGAAAGGACUGUUAUGAUUUAGACUUAGGUAUAGAAUGUGCUGUGAAACAUUGGGAAGGAUAUGGAGAAUAAGAUUUUUUAAAUGCAUUCAUAAAUAAGCUAAAGAGUGGGUUUAAUGAAAUUCUAAAAAAUAUACCAAAAUAUAAGGGAUUUGAAGCUAAAUGCAAUGAAAAUCCAUAUUUAAAUGGCAACUGGGGUGGAGAUUUAAAAACAAUGAAUGAACAAGCAAUUGUACUCGGAAUCCCUAGUAUUCAACUAGAAAUUCCUUUCACAAUGAGAGCCUAUUUAUUUAAGGAUGAUUAGUUUGCUAAGUCAUUUGUAAAAGUAUUGCUAUCCACCUAUAGGGAGGUUAUAGUUAACUGGUGGCCAGCAAAAAGUGUUCCUUAACUGUUUGAUCCUAGAUUAGGGGCAUUAGUUAGACAUAAAAAAUACAAUAAAUAAGAGGCUGACUUACUCAAUCAGUAGUAUGUUGAAUGGGAGAAAAAACCAAAGGCAACAGAUAAAUAUAUUUGA